AUGCUACCCAGGCUUUGUUUGGCAAGGACUGCUAGGUCCUUGCAGCGUUUCAAGGUGACUCAAAUCUCUAAACCGUUUUUCCAUUCCACGGAAGUCGGUAAGCCCGGACCACCGCAGAAACUGUCGAAAUCUUACACAGCGGUAUUCAAGAAAUGGUUCGUCAGAGGCCUGAAGCUAAGUUUUUACUCUACGUUGGCUGGCACGCUGUAUGUUUCCUACGAACUGUACAAGGAAUCGAACCCAUCAAAGCAGGUUCCUCAGUCCGCUGCGUUUCCUAACGGCUUGAAAAAGAAGGAGUUGGUCAUUUUGGGCACGGGUUGGGGCGCUAUCUCUCUUUUAAAGAAACUGGACACUUCUUUGUACAACGUCACCGUGGUGUCGCCGAGAAGUUUUUUUCUGUUCACGCCGUUGCUGCCUUCUACGCCCGUGGGAACGAUAGAGAUGAAGUCCAUUGUGGAGCCUGUCAGGUCCAUUGCCAGAAGGACCCCGGGUGAAGUCCAUUACAUCGAGGCGGAGGCGCUGGACAUCGAUCCCAAGGCGAAGAAACUGAUGGUGCAAUCGGUGUCGGAGAACGAGUACUACGUUUCCAGUCUGAAUUACGAUUAUCUUGUUGUCAGUGUGGGCGCUAAAACGACUACUUUCAAUAUCCCUGGUGUCUAUGGCAACGCCUAUUUUUUGAAGGAGAUUGAAGAUGCUCAAAACAUCCGCAUGAAAUUGAUGAAGACCAUAGAACAGGCGAGUUCAUUUCCCGUGAAUGAUCCGGAAAGGAGGCGUUUAUUGACGUUCGUGGUUGUCGGUGGUGGCCCCACAGGUGUGGAAUUUGCCGCAGAAUUGCAAGACUACGUCAACCAGGAUUUGAGAAAAUGGAUGCCUGAUCUCAGUCAAGAAAUGAGCGUUAUUUUGAUUGAGGCCUUACCCAACAUCCUGAACAUGUUCGAUAAGACUUUGAUCAAGUAUGCUGAAGAUAUCUUUGCCAGAGAUGAAAUCGACUUGCUAGUAAACACUGCUGUGAAAGUCGUAGAACCGACCUACAUCCGCACCUUGCAAAAUAGUCAAACAACCACCAAUAUCCCCUACGGAAUGCUUGUCUGGGCCACCGGGAAUGAACCCAUCGAGUUGUCGAAAACACUCAUGGGCAGAAUACCUGAGCAAACAAACAAGCGCGGCCUACUGAUCAAUGACAAAUUGGAGCUUCUGGGCGCUGAGGAUUCGAUCUACGCCAUUGGUGAUUGCACUGCACACACAGGAUUUUUCCCCACAGCACAGGUCGCACAUCAGGAGGGCGAAUACCUCUCUAAGAUCUUGGAUAAAAAACUACAAAUAGAACAGAUGGAGUGGGAUAUGCAGAACAGCACCGAUAACGCCAAAAUGACACGCUUGCAAAAGGAAAUUGAUGUGAAGAAAUCUAAGCUAGACAAAUUCAAUUACAAACACAUGGGUGCGCUGGCGUACAUUGGUUCCGAAACCGCAAUUGCUGACCUACACAUGGGCGACUCAUCAUACCAACUCAAGGGUAUGUUUGCCUUCUUAUUUUGGAAAUCCGCUUACUUGGCUAUGUGUCUCUCCAUCAGAAAUAGGAUUUUAAUUGCCAUGGACUGGACCAAAGUUUACUUUCUUGGAAGAGACUCUUCGGUGUAG